ACCCCCACCUGGUUGUCACCCGUUGCGCUAAAACUGGGCAAGGCAACGAAAAACUUUGAAUUUCCCUUUUUUUUUUUUUACUCCUGAGGUGGGCGUCCAUCAAGGCGUUUCGCUGAAUGGGGGCGCGGUAAAAGGGAAAGAAGAGUAACACGGAGGAGAAGCCAAUUGGAGCGACGCGAAUUGAGUUCCUUUUUCCCGUUUGUCACCCUCCGCGAUGCCUUUUUCUCCCCCCCUGCAAAUUAACUUUUUAACGCGUGGGCGUAGCAUACCGAUUGGCGAGCCUCCCCCUUUCGGCACUUGGCCCUUUUUAAUUAACACCAUUGGCUCAGCACUGUAGUUCGUACCCGUUUUGCUUCCCCCUGAAAAUACUACUUGUGGGGCUUCCUCACCUGUGUGCGUAAAAUGGUGCUCCAUCAGUUUGUGGGGGGAAGGGCCAAUUCGUUUUUACCGCUCAGACCUCGGCGUUAAGAAGUAGCGUUUCUCCCCUUUUGUGGAUGCCCCUUCAGUAGGAGGGAACGGCCAACCGGCCCGCAUCCCACACCCCCCAGUGAGACUUGUCUUUGCACGCGUUCCACCAUGGCGUCCGAUUCGAAGAGUUAUGUUAAUUUGGGCGGCUACCAAAUUCCGAAGAAAAUGUUCGAUGGGAUGAGCCCCAUGGAGAGGCACAAACUGAUGAUGUCCCUGCGCUCUCUGCAGAAGACCAAAAUGGAAAGCGACCAGGGGAAGUACCUGGACGACUACGACGUGCUGAAGAGGAAGUACCAGUUUGUGCACGACGCGGACAGCGAAAAUAACUCCCUUCUGCAAAAAUACUACAAGAGCAUUUGCAACAAAUACGUCGUCUGCUACUUGAGUGGAUACAAGGAGAAGCAGAUCGGCCUGAGGUGGAGGACGGAAGACGAAAUUGUCUGCGGGAAGGGACACGUGAUUUGUUCCUCCAACGAUUGCAACAACACAGAUUUGAAGACGUACGAGUUUCUGUUUCGCUAUGAGGAGGGGGGCACCCAGAAGGAGACGAAGGUGAAGCUCCGGGCCUGCAUGGAAUGUGCGUACAAGAUUAAUUACGGCGAAAUUAAAAAGUACCUCAAAAAAAAGUCCAAGCGGAAGAAGGACCAACCGGGGGGCAGCGAAAGUGGGAGGAGUAGCGGCGAAAGUGAGGGUAACCGCAAACGUGGGAGUAGCAGCAGCGAAAGUGAGAGCAGCCGCAAACGUGGGCGUAGCAGCAGCGAAAGUGAGGGUAGCCGCAAACGUGGGGGGAGCAGCAGCAGCGAAAGUGAGGGAAGCCGCAAACGUGGGGGGAGCAGCAGCAGCGAAAGUGAGGGUAGCCGCGAUCGUGAGAGUAGCCGCAAACGUGGAAGCAACCGCAAACGAGCCGAGAGGGCACUGCUCACCGCUCCACGCGUGUGCAUUACGGAGGUAGGAGUACCCCCGGGUGCCCCGAUGAAGCCGCUCAUCUGCGCACACAAGGGGCGCGUCUACAACGAAAUUACGAAACAGACGCAGCUUGCCAAAAAUAAAGACACCCUGCAGAAGACCAAGUGCCUGGACAUCUACUCCAUCUCGGUGAUCAUCGACUGGCUAAAUAGUCUCCAAUUAAGUAAAAAAAAUAUAAAUGAAGAAAACAUUUACGAAGAGCUACAGAAUGGGCACUUAAUUUUAAGGCUAAUUCAGCUUUACAACCCCCAGGUGGAAAUUAAAGGCAUAUUUCCAAAAGCGAAGAAAAAAAAAUGUGCAAUCCAAAAUUUGGAAAAAGCUCUGUCAAUCAUUUAUGGAAACAACCCAUAUUACUACUCCAUGGUUUCUUCGCUAGAUAUAUAUGAACAGAAAAAAAAAAAAAUUCAUAUUUUGUUAAUACAGCUUUUUUGCAAAUUCGAGUUCACCAUUUUGACAAGAAUAGCAGCUCCCUUGUUAAACUGGUAUAACCAAACGCUUCGGAAAUUUCAGCUGCCCCUCCACAGGGAGACACUGAGCAACCCAUUUGACGUCACCCCGAGGGGACAUUACAAGGAGGAAGUACACCUCCGAGGGGAUGACUCCCCAAAUGAGGAGGAACAAAAAAGGGGGGAGACCAAAUGGAAGGACUGCAUAUUGAAGAGCUUCGCAACGUAUGUCCUUUUCAAAGACAAGGCGGAAGAAGCAGAUAACUGCACCCCCCACAUUGUUAACGAUUUUUCCGAUUGCGUAAAAAUCUUUCUCAUAUUUUACAGAUAUGGCUACAUAACCCAAGAACAACUCACACAUGCAAACAUAUUGGACAUACGAAAUAAGUACUUCUUUCUGCAGAAUUUGCUCAAAAAGUUAAACAUUCCAAUUGUUUUGCAAAAUCAGUAUUUUAAUAAUCCCUGCGAAGUUGCUAUUCUUUUGCAGCUAAAAUUUAUACAGUUCUUCAUUCGUAGUGAGGGGUAUGAAAAAGCUAUUGAUUUGGAUGGGGAACACUUUUUUUUUUCUGACCUGUUCAGGCAAAAAGUGGUGCAAUCGAGCGAAAAAAGAAAAAAAAAAAAAAAAAAUCAUAUUGCACACCGGGGUAACCUCAGUGACUCGUCAAACGGUGGUUGCACCCUCGUGUGGGGGAAUAACGAAAUCUCGAAAAAGAACGCAGCAAACGAGUUGAACCGGUAUAGCAAUUUUUCACGCGUUUCGAACUUAGCUGUGUUACAUACGCAGAAACGGGAAUCGACAUAUAGUUGCACAUCGAAGCGGCCGUUUCGUCGGGUGAUAAAACUUGAGCCAGCCGAAUGA